GAAAGUUUGCUAUUUUUGUUUAAAAAAAAAAAAAGGGAAAAAGAAAAGAGGGAAACGACUCGUUUUGUCAACCUGAUCGUCCAAGACUUGGAGAGGUUUAUACGACAACGUUUAGAGAGGCACUCGGUUAUCGCUGCGCGAAGCUCCAUUCUCGGUCUCGCCGUUUGGUGCCGGCUGGGAAGCUGGAAAUUGGAAGAAACAGAAAACGAUGGGAACUCAGCAGAAAAAGAACCCUAAUCAGUUACAGCUCAACCCCAACUGGGCUAAUCUUCAACAAAGGUUGAAAAGCCAUAGCUCAAAACCUUCAAGACGCUCUAAGGAUUCAGAAUCAGAAUCUCCAACGUCCAUUCUGGGGAAGCGCAAGGAGAGACCGAAUGCCGAGCUCAAUGACUCUGGGACUCUUAUCAAUCCUCUCACUCCAGUUAAUGAUGAUAUUAGUGUAACAGAUGCAGUAGCUAUGGAUUGUGAAAUGGUAGGCGUCAGUCAAGGAAACAAAAGUGCUCUUGGACGAGUGACACUGGUAAAUAAAUGGGGAAAUGUUAUUUAUGACGAGUUUGUUCGUCCAGUAGAACGUGUUGUUGAUUUUCGAACUCAAAUCAGUGGCAUUCGACCCCGUGACUUGAAGAAAGCAAAGGAUUUUCGCGUUGUUCAGAAAAGAGUGGCAGAGUUGAUUAAAGGAAGAAUUCUUGUUGGUCAUGCCCUGCGCAAUGAUCUUAAGGCAUUGCUACUAAGCCAUCCCAAGAAUGACAUUCGAGAUACUUCAGAGUACCAACCCUUUCUAAAGGAAGGAUAUAGAAGGGCGCUUCGGCAUCUUGCAGCUGAGUUUCUUAAAGUUGAGAUCCAAAACGGAGAGCACUGCCCGAUAGAAGAUGCUCGUGCUGCAAUGAUGCUUUAUCAGAAAAACAGAAAAGAAUGGGAGAAAAAAUUAAAGGAUCAAAUAAGGCUCAAACAAAAGCAGAAAAAACGAAAGCAUAAAAAGAAAUCCAAGGGCACAGUCAUUGAAUCCUGACAACACUGGAGAACUUUCUUUUUACAUUUUCAUUCUUUUGAAGAAAACCAUGUGCGAAGCGAGCAAGAUGGCUUUGGAAAAUGAUUUCUAUUGUAUAAUUAUUUAUUUUACAGCCAUAAGUAGCAGCAUUGAGCUUAUAGGGAAGCCGAGUUUUUUCCGUGUUUCUUCAGAAUUAAACACUUUUGUCAUCCUAAAUUAUCGUUGUUUUGUAUUUUACCUUCCAAAACUACAAAUUUUUUUGCAUUAUUAUCA